CUGUCGCGCCGGAAAAGCGAGCUGUGCGCUCCCUUUGGACGCCGUAGUAAAUCGUCUCAAGGUCGAGCUCUUUGGUUCCGGGAUGCGCAUAUCUUCUCUAGGAGAGACCGGAAGGCGAGGAGAACCGGGAGUGACGCUUCUGGGCCGCAGAGGACUGUGGGAGGAGGCUGUCUCUAGUUUCUCCUCCCUCCCUCCGGCCAAGAUGUCUGACAUGGAGGAUGAUUUCAUGUGCGAUGAUGAGGAGGACUACGACCUGGAAUACUCCGAAGAUAGUAACUCUGAGCCCAAUGUGGAUUUGGAAAAUCAGUACUAUAAUUCCAAAGCAUUGAAAGAAGAUGACCCAAAAGCAGCACUAAGCAGCUUCCAAAAGGUUUUGGAGCUCGAAGGUGAGAAGGGAGAAUGGGGGUUCAAAGCACUGAAACAGAUGAUCAAGAUUAACUUCAAGUUGACAAACUUUCCAGAAAUGAUGAACAGAUAUAAGCAACUCUUGACCUAUAUUCGGAGUGCAGUUACCAGGAACUAUUCUGAAAAGUCCAUUAAUUCUAUCCUUGAUUAUAUCUCCACUUCUAAACAGAAUUCUGAUUUUUUAUGUCAGAUGGAUUUACUGCAGGAAUUUUAUGAAACAACAUUGGAAGCUUUGAAAGAUGCUAAGAAUGAUAGACUGUGGUUUAAGACAAACACAAAGCUUGGAAAAUUAUAUUUAGAACGAGAAGAAUAUGGAAAGCUUCAAAAAAUUUUACGCCAGUUACAUCAGUCUUGUCAGACUGAUGAUGGAGAAGAUGACCUGAAAAAAGGUACCCAGUUAUUAGAAAUCUAUGCUUUGGAGAUUCAAAUGUACACGGCACAGAAGAACAACAAAAAGCUUAAAGCACUCUAUGAGCAAUCACUUCAUAUCAAGUCUGCCAUCCCUCACCCACUGAUCAUGGGUGUCAUCAGAGAGUGUGGUGGUAAAAUGCACUUGAGAGAAGGUGAAUUUGAAAAGGCACAUACUGAUUUUUUUGAAGCUUUCAAGAAUUAUGAUGAAUCAGGAAGCCCAAGACGAACCACUUGUUUAAAAUAUUUGGUCUUAGCAAAUAUGCUAAUGAAAUCAGGAAUAAAUCCAUUUGACUCACAAGAGGCCAAGCCGUAUAAAAAUGAUCCAGAAAUUCUAGCAAUGACAAAUUUAGUAAGUGCCUAUCAGAAUAAUGACAUCACUGAAUUUGAAAAGAUUCUGAAAACAAAUCACAGCAACAUCAUGGAUGAUCCAUUCAUAAGAGAACACAUUGAAGAGCUUUUACGAAACAUCAGAACACAAGUGCUCAUAAAGUUAAUUAAGCCUUACACAAGAAUACAUAUUCCUUUUAUUUCUAAGGAGCUAAACAUAGACGUAGCUGAUGUGGAAAGCUUGCUGGUGCAGUGCAUACUGGAUAACACUAUUCAUGGCCGAAUUGAUCAAGUCAACCAGCUCCUUGAACUGGAUCAUCAGAAGAGGGGUGGUGCCCGAUAUACUGCACUAGAUAAAUGGACCAACCAACUAAAUUCUCUGAACCAGGCUGUGGUCAGUAAACUGGCUUAAUGGAGAACAAGCUUUGCAGGCGUGCUUAAGGCAUCAGUGCAGAGAUGUGAUCCUUAAGGACUGGAAAGGCAAAACCCCUGUGGGUUGGUGUGUCCUGAAAGUGAUUGGAGUUAUGGCAGAAGUGCUUUUUUGAUCAACUGGUUUGUGUUUUGCUGCUGCAUUUAUCCCAAGAUAAACAGCUUUAAUCUCCAGAAGAAAACCAAAACACCAUGGGAUUUAUGCUGUGUUGACAUCUUGCCCUAAACAUACAACACCGUAGUAAUAUAUCAUGGGCAACAUGACCAGAGUGAAGAUUUUUGUCAUGAUUUUAAACACAUUGACACGCUACUGUUGGUUAAAUUGAAACAUGUUGUUCCUGCAGAAAUUCUCUCACAAAUAACCUGCAAUAACUUGAAAUUCAUACCCUUUUGAACACUUCCUUUUCUCAUGUAUAAAUGAAAACGUUUGCUGCAUUUUGCAAAAUGUCAAUUCUCCGAAACCGUGUCCGUCUACUUCUGUACUUGCAGCUAGCAAAGGUUAGAUGGCCCCUACUCGCAGUGGCACACUGUCACCUAGGGCUCAAGCAGCAAAAUAAACAGUGCAGCUCAGAAAUUGUAGUUUGGUUCUUGAUGUGUUUUUAUUACAUUUGGGGUUGCUCUUUUGUUUUUAGUACCUUAGAAAUUUCAGAUUAUUUUAUCUUCAGCUGAGAUUUAAAAGCCUGAGAGCAAAUAAGUUAUUUGCUUUCAAGUUUUUAAAAAUAGUGUUUAUUGAUAAAGUAAGAACUACUUUCUAACAGAGCCCUUGCAUAGCACUUAUUUUGACAGUGAUACUUUAAAGGAUUAAGAUUUCUUUUUUUUAAUGGUAUUUCUUUUAAAAAGAGUGCAUAUUAACUCUCAGAAUGUCACUUUAAACAAAUAUGCCAGAACAUAGACAGCGAAGUGAAUGUUACCUGCAUAGUGACCAUGCUCUAAUGUCAGCCACCAACCAUUGCCCAAAGCCUCUUGGGUUUGCUCUUUGAGAAUUGCAGUCAAAGUUCAUUUAAGUAACACGCUACUAACUUUGUGUUUGUACCUUGUUUGAAAAUAGUAUUAACAAACUUGUCUGUCUUCACCUGUAUUUGGCACCAAAUACCAGUUUCAAAAAAAUACCUAAAUUUAGAUAAUACUGAAAGUAUGCAGCUGGCUUUGAAAGCAAUCCCAAAAUAAUUUUCAAGUAUUUUGUGCAGUGGCAGUAUACAGUUAAAGAGUGAACUGUGGCCUUCCAUGGUGACAGAACUCAGCUCAUUUGAAUGUAAUCAGUUCGGGAUGUCUUUGUUCCUUUUCUUUUCUUUGAUUUUCUUUUCUUUUUCUUUCUUUUUUUGUAAGUUCACAUUCUAUAUAGUGUCAAAAGAAGGAACUAAGAUGAACAUGAUGUCCUUGGUUUUCUAUUGCUCAUUAUUAUGUAAACAGUGAGUGGCAGUGCAGAAGGAAGGCUGUUGACUGAAGAGUGGCAACCAAGAACUUUGAUCAUUAAAUCAGAUUUUAUAAACAGUAGAAAGAGCAUGGACUUAAAACAAGGCAUGCUUAUUUGGUUUUGUCAAAAUUUUACGAAAAUAUGUGAUAUAUAUUUAUACUAAAACUAUAUAAUCCUUAGAUUUAGGAAAGCAGUCAGUUAAUGUCUAGCAGAAUAAAGCAGUAUUAAAUACAGAUAUAAGUUGGAAAUUGUAGAAAACCUUGAAAGAAGAUGAAAGACAAAAUGUCAAUAGUAGGGAAUAAAAAGUUUAAGAUAUUCUAAAA